UCUUCAGUGUUGUAAUUGCUGUUAAACUAAAUCUGCUGUUUUUGUAGCUACCUCUAUCAGGUUUUGAAGAAAACAAAGAUGCUGGAAAUGAUCGCCUUCAUAGACCCUGAUCACACUGGUGCACUUGCGUGUGGAAAUCCAACAGAACGAGCUCGUUCUCUAGCUGUUCGGUAUGGAAAUGGGAAGCCUGGCCAGGUUUUUCUAGUUCCCUAUAACUCAGGUUCCAUCAGAAUAUACAAUGCACAGAAAAAUAGGAAAGGCAGAAAAAUAGUUCAAUGGAAAAAUUGUGCGGGCAUUCCGGAGCAAUUGGGCGAUAAAACUUGUGGACUGUGGAUUAUGCAUUACAUGAAAGACAUAGCGGAGGACAAAAAUCAACAGUGGAGUGCUAAGAUUUAUAUGAUUAUGGCACAACAGGGAUACGUGUAUGACAUCUAG